AUGGCAGGCCAGAAACGAACCAGAAGUGGCCAGGUCAAGCCGCGGGGCAGCGUUAAACAACCUCAGCUCCAAUCGCAGAGAGACACUACGAUGACGGAACCGACUCCUCCAUGCGGGCAACCUCAACCACCUUCUACCACGUCUACAGACCUACCAAGCACAGUGGACAGUGUACCAGGCCUCAAAGAGCAAUAUCUCAAACCAGCACAGCCCAAGCCCACCCGACAAACCUCGAAACCAAAGCCCACAAACCGCAAGAACCGGCAAAAGCUCCCCAAACUCCCAAAUAAUGCCGUCAUCUCCAAACGCCCGCUCCUCCACCCCGCCAUCCCAACACCCUUCGCCUCAACCCACGCCCCCAAAGUCCUCUACAUAACCGCCUCAUCACCCUACAUACCCGCCUUGAAACGUAUUCGAAGGCUCCUAUCUGAAAUCACAAAGCGCGAGAAGCAGUCUACAGCCGCGCAAUCCAAACGUAGCGGUCGAAGACCACCUGAGCCGAACGGAAGGCUUGCGCCAGCGGACGUGGAGCGUGAGAUUGCGGAUCAAGCUGCGAGGAGAGAUGGUGCUGCGCUGGGGCGGGAGCGUGUUUAUCUGAAGGCGACUGGGAGGGCGAUUCCGAGGGCGCUGGAGCUGGGCGUUCACUUUCAGGGCGAGGACGAUUGCAGGGUUACGGUGGAGAUGGGGAGUGUGCGUGCAAUUGAUGACAUUGAGGUUAGGAGUGGGAGCAUAGAGGAUACGGACAAUCACAAUGAGCAGGUGGGAGGGGACAAGGAAGAGGAAGAUAUACCCGAGACGAGAAUAAGGACGUUGAGUUCUGUUACUAUUAGUAUUAGGCUAAAGUGA